AUGAUAGAUCACGUCCUGGGAAGACCGUCUACACAGUUCCGCAAGAUACAAGUUUUUGCAGUGGUGUCGUUUUGGUUACUGUAUCUCCUCCGAGGUAAUAACCAUGGACCACCUGGUAUCCGCCUCCUAUCCUCCCGCCUAUACAGGCGCCUCACCCCUUGGCAGGCUACCGUCAUGACCUUCCUAGGCCUCUACCUAUCCCGUAACUUCGCCAAGUUAGUGGGCCUCGAAUCCCCAGAGCCCCUAGCAAACCUGUACUCCCGCUCCUACUUCCGAGCUACAUGGGUUACUACAGCACUGGACGCGGGCUUCUGGACAGCCAUGAAUAUCAAGCGCAAGUGGCUGCGUGACAUCGCAUCUGUCGUCUUCUCGAUAUACUAUCUGAUCGCGGCGGAGCAUGCGGAUGAGAAAGUAAGAAAGGUACGGGCUGUGUUGACCGUGGAGCAUCUGCGCGUAUCCUGGAAUAAAGGUACGACGCCAUAUCUGUCGUUUUUGUCAAAGUUGGUGAGGCCGCGGGUAUGCGACUAUUCUCCGAUUCAGAUACGGAUUCCCAGGCCCAGGGAGUCAGCGUAUACGGAGCCGUGUGUUGCCUGGUUGUAUUACAAUGGUCCCCUCAGCACUUUGAAGGAUCAGACAAAUGUAGUCCUCGAUAUACCCGGUGGAGGGUUUGUGGCCAUGUCUCCGCGGACAAGCGAUGAUAAGCUCCUGGUCUGGGCGGGUAAGACGGGUGUGCCGAUUCUCAGUCUGGAUUACAAAAAGGCACCCGAACAUCCGUAUCCGUAUGCGCUGAAUGAGUGCUAUGAUGUCUACCAUACUAUCGUCAGCAGUCACGGGCGUUGUCUGGGGCUAAGUGGUAAAGUGCGGCCCAACAUUGUUAUUACGGGUGACAGUGCUGGUGGGAAUUUAGCCGCAGGUGUCACGUUGAUGAUACUGCAGUCUGGGAGUGCGGACCUGACGCGAAAGUUGAAGGGGAAGGGAGAAGGAGACUACUCCCUUCCCCCUCCAGCUGGGCUGGUGCUGAUUUACCCUGCACUGGACAUGAACAUCGGCAGCUGGAUGACGGAUGAGGAAAUGUCCUUGAUUCGCGAGCGGGGGAUGCGCAAGACGAACCGCAAUGUCCUUCGGAGGAAGAGCGAGGAAUACAUGAGAUUAACACCCGCCGCGUCCUACCUCUCAACCGCCGACGCCAACGCCAACGCCAGUGACGAUUCCUCAGGUCGCCACCCAGUCGUCCACGACUAUUUCGCCCAACAGCACGCCGGCAUCAUACAUGAGGAACGCCCUCCGUCCUUGAACACCGAAAACAUCGACACGCCCGUCCCUGGAAACACUGCCUCCCACCUCCUAACCACCAUGACAACCUCCGCCCAGCAAAACCCCAAGCAAAUAAAAACACGCCUCGCAGUCUCCUCUAUAAUCUCGUACUUCAACGAUCGCAUCCUGACACCGGAAAUGAUGCGCGCCAUGAUAAUCCUCUAUAUAGGCCCAUACAACCGCCCGGACUUUAGCACAGACUACCUCCUCUCCCCCCUGCUGGCUCCCGAAUCCCUGCUCUCCAGAUUCCCCAAAACAUAUCUUUUAACAGGGGAGCGGGAUCCGUUGGUUGAUGAUACGGUUAUUUUUGCGGGGAGGAUCAGGAGGGCGAAAAUGCAUGCAUGGCGGGAACGGGCGGACUUGGGGCUUGAAAGGGUGGCUAGGGGUCGGGAUCGGGAUCGGGAUCGGAAUGGGGAUGGGGAUGAGUCGGGGUUUAACGAGAGGAAGUGGGUGGAGGUUACCUUGAUUCCAGGGAUUUCUCAUGGGUUUCUGCAAUUCGCCGGGGUGUUUCCGGAGGCGUGGAGGGAGAUAUCUAGGGGGGCUGGGUGGAUACGGGAAUUGUUUGAGAGGGCGGACAGGGCGGACGGGGCGGGGAGGAAUGGGGUGGCUGUAGAGGGCGUAAGGGGGGGUCCAUCGACGAUGGCGAACGAGAUAGGUGGUGGUAAAUUUGGGGCCAGAGCUCCUAAGGGCAGUCAAGAAGAGAAGAAUGUACCGUCAUGCCAUCACCCGCGAAGACUCACGGGGGAAUCAUCCGGGGAGGAAGACAAGCCGUUGGAAAUGAGUAUGUUAAGAAUGACGAAGAAGAGGAAUACGGCUUCGUCGCCGUCAACGUCUACCUUUCGAUCGACGAUGUUGCAGGAAAACGGUACCGCGCCCAAGACAGCCGCAGGCUCUUCGACAGCUACCCUACGACCAUCUGACGUUAUACCAACGACAGGGACAACGCCUCCUGUCGAAGAAGGACAGACACCUUGUGCCGCUAAGAGCCAAUCCCCCACUGGAAACGGCUGCGUGAACGGCGACAGGAACUUCUCCGCCAAGCAUGGCCAGACACUACUGGAUAAACAAAAUGGCAUUCACGAAGACGAGGAGGGGGAUGACAAGCAAAACACCCCGCCCUGGGGCAAGAAUGUGAUGAUGAAAAUUUCCCUGCAGCGCGAGAAGAGUUUGACGAGUUUGCCUAGUGAGGAGGAUUUGUUGGGGAGGCGGAUGGAGGGGCUGGCAGGGGGAUUGAUGGGGAUUGGAGAGGGGGCGAGGACACCGUAG